UGGUGCAGUGGAGCAGAGAGCAGAGAGAGCCAGGACUGAGUGGAGCGACAGAGCGGAGGUGACAGCGGAGAAUGGAGAGGAGACCCUCCGCCCGGCGAGCUUUGACCGCGGCGAGCGAGGAGAACGCACUCGGUCUUUUCCCUCUGGAACCAGCGUGCUGAAAGAAACCGGGAGGAAUUAUCUGGGGGGAAAAGGAAAGGAAUGGCUGAUCCUCUGCGGAGGACUUUACUAGCGAAACUCCGGGGGAAGAAAUCCAAGAAAGGAGCGACGGUCGGCGGUGGAUACGGCUCUGCCGCGCCGGCGAAUGGGGGCCGAGAAGGUAAAGAAAAAGUUUUGCAAACGCAGCGAGACUCCGACGAGGCUCGCCCGCUAGUGUUGCUUUCAGGGCUGGAUUGCACGGCAGCAGAGAGAAUGAGCACGUAUGAGAACUGUGUUGACGGAGCGAUGGUGCGCGUCGGGGGGGUUGUGAUAGUCCCGGAGAGACGCGCAGCGGAGUUGGCCGGCUCGCGUCCCCAGGAGCGGAGCAGCGGGGGCAGGGUUCGGGUUAAUGAGGAGCUCCUGGGGGUCUCACUUCAAAGGGGCGUGCAGUUUGGGGGAAAUGCGCUUUGGGAGGGCGAUGGGACCCACCGGGGGCCUCGACCCGCGGACGCGACCGCGGCCGGGGUCCCACUCGCAGGACCGCAUGUACAGGGGAAACACUUCGUUUCUGCCCCGCGGCAGUGCAGCGUUGGGGAUUCAAUCGGGUUCGGGGACACGUCAAAUCACGUUUUAUACCGAGCACAGAGAAAGGCGCACGCGGGCCGCUGUAAACAACCAGAGGGCCGCGUUACUGCUGCGGAUAGCGAGGGGACAGAGCCCAGGGACCGAGGAUGCACCCGGCACAUGGCUGGGACUGUUGUGGCUGUCCAGGAAAUCAACAACGCUAACUGGAGUUGUGACAGCAACCCAAGUUCGGACACAAAUUACGCGGCACGCGUGUAUCCAAAUUGCGUGUCAAGGCGCGCGGAAGAGCACGUUUUAAUCAGAAAUAUUGAGAGCUACGGGCCUGACAAUGCAGGGGACAUUAGAGGACCCGCGGGCGGUCUGCAGAGCCCCACGUUUUUCCCCACAGAGUUAGAGAUAUGCGACUUUAACAUGGCAUCCGUGUGCGCCGCAGAGGGUUCACUUAGGCACCAUUUAGAUAGCGAAGAUGACGAUUACUAUGAUAAUGAGAUCCUGCCCUUUUAUGAGACAGUUAGACGGAAUUCGGAGGGUGACAGGGCAGAGGUUGCAGAGCUCAGUCAGCCCGGUCAGGACAAAGCACAGUUUGAUGACAGUAGCAGUGCGCAGGAAACAGACAGGCUCAGGAACCAGCUGAAAGAGGCUUAUUACCUUCUUAUCAAUGCUAUGAAUGAUAUCAACCUCGAUGUCCAGCAGAUUAGCGGUGGUUUAACUGAGCAGCAGGCCACUUCAUCCUGUAGUAGUCACUCCAGGGACAGCCUGUGCUCAAGGCUGAGUGUCAAAAACAUGGACAGUGACUCCUGGUCGUCAGGAGGCGACCACAGCCCUCAGCAGGUGUCUGACACUGACUCCCUCCUGCUCUGCCUCACCGGGGCUCUGGAGUCAGGGCCCAAAGGCAAGCUGAACAGUAAGAGCAUGGUGAACUUGUGCGUGGCCAAAACAAAACCUCCGUUGCAGCGCUCUGCCAGCGACGGAGCUAUCAGGUACGCAGGCCGACCCUCGGCCUGCACACAGGCCUCUGGAAAGCAGGGUGCAGAAAUCAGUGAUGAUGGAGAAGCUGCUGAGACAAAAGAGGCGGCGGGAGCUGCGGUCACAAACGAGCUGUCUGAACUUCAGCGGCUCGGCUCCGCCGUCAGCAGCGAGGAGCUGCUACACGGCGAGGAAGAGGGCGACGGGCAGCUCAACGAGAGCAGCGGCUCCGUCAACAGCUUCACAGGUUCUUCAGACAGCAACGCCGAGGCGGCAACACAUCAGCGUCACGGCAACAAGCAGGGAGCCCGAGCUCAGGUGGCCAACUCGGUCAACAAAGGCCACGGCGUCACCGUCAACAAGAUGCAAGAGUGGAUGCACAAGGGCCGCUUGUUGUCCUCUGAGAUGAAGCAGCGUAUUGAAGGCUCGUCUUUGGCCCGUGGAAGCAGCGGUGGAGGAGGAGGAGGAGGAGGAGGAGGUCAAAGCCAGGAACGCUCCUGUGGGGUCCAGUCAUCCAGCAGAGGGGGUAAAUCUGUCAGGUCGCCCACAGUCAAGUCAACACGACAGCAGCAGCAGCAGCAGCAGCCAGCUUUCAUUGAGAAUGUCCCGGCUCCGUGCGCUAACGGCCGAGAGGUGGGCCGCGGCGGCGAGCCCUCGUCGUGGAGGCCCCAGCUCACCACCAUCACCGUCUCCAAGAAGCGCAACUGGCUGCAGCAGAGCUCCCUGGCCAAGAGUCACUGCGCCAAGGACGAGCUGCAGGGAACGCUGGGAGCCGAGGAGGAGGGCAGCCAGGGCUCCCACCAACAGCCUCCCCCUCCCAGCCCCUCGCCGGACCACCUGAGGCCCUCAGGGGGAGCUCCGCCACGGCCGGUCCGCCUCCAGCUGCCUCAGGUCAACGUCGGUGAGUCGAAAGCGUCGAAGAAUGUGGACCCGGCCGAGGAGAACGACGCGGACGACGAGGGGGAGAUCUGGUACAACCCCAUCCCCGAGGACGACGAGCAGGAGGUCUCCAACAGGCCGUCCGCUCGCCUGCCGGCCCCCUCUCGAACGGAGUCCCAGAGGAGGCCCAGCAGGGCGGGGGACGCGGCCUACGGCGGCAGAGCCCCCGAGGGAGCCGGCGGCGCCGUGCCCGAGGUGCUGGUGGAGAGCGUCGGCGCGGGCCCGGGGGACGUGAUUCAGGGGAAUGCUAUACAUUCCACAGAGAUAGUACAUCUGCACAGGCAGAUGCUCGCGUGCAAACCUCAGGAAGAGGGGGGGCCUUCCACCAGCCGACCAACAGAUGGUCUUGAUCUGCCCAACGCUGUUGGCUUUUCACCUCCUUCCAGUCCAAACCCGACCAAGAAGAGCAGCUCCAUCAACUGGUCCUUCCCGGACAAGAUCAAGUCCCCGCGCACCGUCAGGAAGAUCUCCAUGAGGAUGAAGAAACUUCCAGAGCUUAGCCGGAAACUCAGCGUGAAGGGAAGCAGCAACGGGAGCAGUCAGUUAGAGCCAAGGGCCCAUUCACCUCGAUCCAACGCCAGUGGAUCGGAGGCCGUUUCCCAGACUUCAGGCCCUCCCCGAUUAGCUUCAUCCGGGGUCGGUCAGGCGAGCCGCAACGUGAUAUCACGCUACCACCUGGACAGCAGUGUGUCCACGCAGCACAGCUUCAGUAAAAAGAAAACUAACGGCAGCUCAAAGUCCGCCAGCAAGGGUGGCUACCUCAGCGACGGUGACUCACCAGAGCUGGUGGCCAAAUCUGGGAAGCACGGAUCUGCGGAGGGGAAGGGAGGGAAAGGCAAGGAGACAGAAGGAGGAAGCGCUGGAAGCUCCAGAGUAAACGGCACAGAGCUGGAUAUAGAUGCUUUCCGACAUUACAGCUUCACCGAGCAGCCCAAGUGCAGCCAGUACAUCUCCGGACUGAUGAGCCUGCACUUUUAUGGCGCUGAGGACCUCAAGCCUCCACGCAUUGACUCUCGGGACGUCUACUGCGCCAUCCAGGUGGACUCCGUCAACAAAGCGCGAACCGCUCUUCUCACCUGUCGGACGACCUUCCUGGACAUGGACCACACCUUCAACAUCGAGCUGGAGAACGCCCAGCACCUGAAGCUGGUGGUGUUCAGCUGGGAGCCGACGCCGAAGCGGAACCGCGUCUGCUGCCACGGCACGGUGGUGCUCCCCGCGCUCUUCCGGGUGACGCGCUCGCACCAGCUGGCGGUGAAGCUGGAGCCGCGGGGGCUCAUCUACGUCAAGCUGAGCCUGAUGGAGCAGUGGCAGAACUCGUUGGACGGCGGGCCGGAUGGAGACAGGGAGCCGCAGGUGUUUGGCGUGGAGGCGUGGCGGGUGGUGGAGAGGGAGAACACGGGGCUGAUGGUGCCACUGCUGAUAAGCAAGUGCAUCAAUGAGAUCGAGAAGAGAGGCUGCCAGGUGGUGGGUCUCUACCGGCUGUGUGGCUCGGCGGCCGUGAAGAAGGAGCUGCGCGAGGCGUUCGAGAGAGACAGCCACGGCGUCGAGCUGUGUGAAAACACGUAUCCUGACAUCAACGUCAUCACGGGAGUGCUGAAGGACUACCUACGCGAGCUGCCCUACCCUCUGAUCACCAAGCAGCUGUACGAGGCCGUGCUAGAGUCCAUGGCCGUGAGGCCCCUGCGGAUGGGAGCGUCCGGGUGUGAGAACGACCAGGCCGACUCCGAACACACCGUCGGCCUCCUGGAAAUCCUGCCGGAGGUGGAGAGGAUGACUCUGCAGAAGCUCCUCAACCACCUGAAGCUGGUGGCGUCCCACCAGGAGUCGAACAAGAUGACGUGUCAGAACCUGGCGGUGUGCUUCGGCCCGGUGCUGCUCAGCCAGCGCCAGGAGGCGUCCUGCCACACCAACCGCGUCUUCAUCGACUCCGAGGAGCUGGCCAGCGCGCUGCACUUCAAGAAGCACAUCGAGGUCCUGCACUAUCUGCUGCAGCUCUGGCCAGUCGUGGACCCUCACGGCCAGUCCUCCUCUCCGGCCCCUGCGGCCUCUCUUGCUCCGGCUUCCUCUGAUCUCCUCUGCGCUCCUCCUAUCCGACGGAGGAAGGAGCGCCCCCAGGUCUUGAACCUCAGCGAGGCGGAGAUGGCGGGCGUUCUCCGACCCAAGCCGGGGCGGCUGGACAGCCCCAGCAACCGCUACGCCGGCGACUGGAGCGGCUGCGGCGACAGCUACUUCCCCUCCGAAAUGCUGCUGCCGCCCAGCAAAGAGGAGGCGGACUACGACGACGUGCCGUCGGAGGACGCGGAAGCGGCCGAGGGGGUUCAGGAGAAGCUGGAGGGCGCGGAGGUGCAGGAGAAGGUUGUGAAUCCCGUGUGUGAUCCCGCUGAGGAGGAGCAACCUAAGAGAGAAGAGGAGGAAGGGGAGGAGGAAGACGAGGAGGAGGAGAGGCAAGGGGAGAGUGACAGUUCAAACAAUGGGCAGCCGUUAGAGGAGGAGGAAGAGGGAGGGGAUGAGGAAGAGGAGGAGGAGGAGCAGGAGGAGGUGGAGGAAGAGGAGGAGGACAGGGUGUGUAACCACAUCCUGCCGCCCCGGCUGCCGAAGGAGCACACCUACCAGGCGUACAUGAAGAUCCAGGACAUCAGCCCCGUGCUGAGCAACAGGGUGAAUCUGAGAGACCUGCAGGAGAGCAUCGACACUCUGAUAGGAAACCUGGAGCGAGAGCUCAACAAGAACAAGCUCAACGUCGGAUACUGACUCCUAACACUCACUCACAUUACUCCCAUGAAGCCUGCUGAGGUCUGGGCCGGACCUCCUUUACCUGAACAAGGUGCUCCGAUGACGUCACCAUGGCAACGUGGCGCUCAGUGCUGCUGUAAAAAAAAAAAAAAAAAAAUGUUAACAGGGCACUUCUGGCAUUUGUUCCUUACCCACAGACAUUCCUUUAUUUUUCCAUUUAUUAUGUCCACCGUCUUAAGUUGCGUUGUUCCUGUUGUUGUUUCAGUCCGGUUCUGUGUUGUUAUGUGUUGUUAUUGUCGCUUCUCUUCUUAUUAGAAGAACCCAUCAGCCCCUCAGGGGGGGUUUAAAGGUGCCUUAAUUGUGCGAAGGUGAUACGUCAAGAGGAGAAGCUACCCUGAGAUAAAAUGCAUCACCUUGUGAGACUAGACGACGUGUACGGUGGUUGUUUAUAGAAAAAGGCUGCAGUGUGUUAUAUUUUUUGGCAGGUACGAAUCCACUCUGGUGGUGACAAAAUAACUUCAGAUGUUAGCAGGAAGUAUCUUCUUGUUUUCUGGAGCAGCAUUUAGAUAUCAAUCAGGGAUACAUCAGACCUUUCAGCGAAUUCAUUUCUCAAACAAAAAUAUAGACUUAAAUCAGACUAAAACUACUAAAAUAAGCAGGUUGACAGGUUAAAGUAUCAAACAAAAAUCCUUCGGUUGUGCACAUUUUGUCUCGGGGUGGAUUUCCUUUGUAAGGCAGCAGAGAGCUUUUCCAUUGAGGUUUAAAACACUAAAUAUUGUUCAACAAUAAUGCACUUAUUAGGCAGGCUGUAGUUUAGGUUGACAUUUUACUUCAUGCAGUUAAAAAACAAACAGCUAAAAAAAUCUGUUGCCACUGAAACCCAAAGCUUUGCAGGCAAACACUAGAAUGUCAUCUGUAAAAAAAACAACAACAACAAAAAAAAAAAAACGAAAAAGAGAAUGUGUGUUUAAUGUGGCAUCGCAAUUUUAGUUUAUUUGCUUUCUUGCCUGGAGUUAUGUGAGAAAACUGAUACCACCCUCAUGUCUGUAAAUAAAUAUAAACAAAGGCAGUUAGCAUAGCUUAGCAUAAAAACCUGAACAUCUAGCUUGUCUCUGUCCAAAGUAAAAAAAAAAACAAGAAAAAAACAAAAACCCUUAUCACUCUCUAAUAUAUAUAGCUUUUUAAUAUGUGCAAAAGCAAAUGUGCAAAAAGUCAAAUUUUCACUUUUUGUGGUCUUCGUGCUUUGUUAAAAUAAGCUAGCGUGGUAUCAAGUUUUUCAUCUAAUCCGUGCAGGAAGGUUUCUUUAAGAAGCUAAACAUCCACAACCAAUCAUCUUUCUGCUUCUCUCAGCCUUUCUUUUUUUUUUCUUUAAACAGUGAAACAGACAAUGUGAAGCACAAUUUGUCCGAGCGGCGGUGGAAACGCGGUUUGGAGGGCUCGACUCAGCUAGCUCGACUCAGCUAGCUGCCUAAAUCGACAAAAGGAGAGAGACGUUUUUUUUAGCAAUCCAGGGAUUCAGAAUGAUCAGUAUUUAACCUAUAUGUAUAUGUAUAUAAAUAUAUAAAUGUAUUCGGAGUAUAUUAUUUUUACAGCUUAUAUUUCGAUGGCGUAUUUAAAUACUUCUGAUGACCUCGUAGUGUUGAUUGUAGCAAUAGUCGCUUAUCUCCCUUCGAGCUACCUAUACACAUCUUAAUGUGCUGGACUAAUGGUACAACUUUAGCUGUAAUAUAUAUAUAUACAUACAUAUAUACAUAUAUAUGUAUAUAUAUAUAUAUAUGUAUAUGAUAAAAUCCUGCAGAAAAAAAGUGAUAUUGUUAUUUUUGUUAUAUUGUGUAUAUAUUUGGCAUCGUGUUGUCUCUGGUGGACUAAGCUGUGUUUUUUUUUUCUUUUUUUUGGUGUUUAUUUUUUAAGGUACUGAACGUUGCAUGGUCAAAAGCUUUACUGACAUUAACAAGGCUCUGUCUCAUCUGCCUUUGUAUUUCAUAUUUAUGUGUAAAAUAAGACUUAUUUUGUAAUGUAUGCUCGUUUGUUGGACCCCUUGCUCCUUCGAUAGACGUGUGACUGCGUCGCUACAGCUUUUCUCCAAGGGACUGAGAGGCAGACUGUAAAAAUGUAGAAUAUUGUCAAGUUUUCAUGGUUGCAAAAUUGACAUCUUAAAUUGUUUGCUUUGUCUAAAAAUAUAAGAAAAGCUUAAAAUUCAGCAAAUUUUUAACUUUGAAUUUGUGAUUCAUUAUUACUUUUACAUGCUCUACACCGACCUACACAUCUAAAACCAUCAUCAAACCUGAGUCAGUGAGACUUUGCGGCCAUAAUUCUGACACUAGUUGGCAAUAAUCAGAACUCAUCACGUUGAAGGAUGGAAGGAUGAGUUGAUGAGAGAGAUCCCUCUUUGAUUGGCUGGUGAGCUCUGAGGAAAAGACUAAAGUAAAGAAAGCAACAGAUCAUCAUGAUUUAGGAGAAACCAGUUCAUAGCUCAUACUAGCUAACUAGCCACCCAGCUAAAAGUGGCUCUUCCUGUUUCUCUUUUGAAAAAUGAAUACAGAUUACUGCCACCUGCUGGUAGGAAGAGUUAUUUCCUUGCAUGCUAGUGCAGAUCGUAUGUGCCAGCUGGUUGUUGGCUGUCGUCUUUGAUGUGUGUUCAAUUGCAACUUUGGUGUGACUGUACCUUAGCAUUAAAGACGUUAAAAGUGAAUUAACAUAAAAUUUGAGAGGGGAGCAUUGCUUUACUAUGGGAGAGUAGGGAAGUUACCUUUAACGGUCGUUCCACACUCAUCCUUCCUUCAGUAAAUUUGUUCUCGAUCCUGCUGCUUCACAGUGAAGCUGUGGCUGCUGCUGAGCGGAUCCGGUCAAAGUGAGUUUCAGCAGGAAACCUUUCAAACCAUCUGUCUGCUCAGGCAACACAAGGAGAAGCGUUAAUAGAAGCGCGUGUGGGUUCUCAGCUUUACGUGUGGAUACUUUUUAAACAUAUGAAGACGGUCCUUUGAGUCUGAGUGGAAAUCCUCCUUAUUAAAAAUCCAAUUUGCACCAGAGACCCUUAGACUUAUGGUCAAAGAUUAAGCUAAAAGUACAUUUUUAAUUAUUUGUAAUCAACUGGUUCCCUUACAAUUUAUCUUGUCCUUUUUCACCUGAAACAUGAAUUAUUUCUGUCUCACCCUCUUUGUCCUUUGGAGAGAAAAAAAAAAAAGUGCCACAUCGAAAGCAUCGCCAAGACAAAAGUGAGAAGUGCUUUGUAUUGAUCCUGAGAAAUGUAUGGUCAUAAUAAAGUAUAUUAUUUUACAUUCA